AUGGCGAGCGUAUUUGUGCGCAAUCUGCCGUUUGGCGUGACGCAGGAGGAACUGGAGCACGUGUUCAGCGAAAUCGGCCCCGUUAGGAAGAUCGAUGUCAUCAAGGAUAAGGGCAAACGCAAGAGCGAGAUGCUCACGCGCGGAUUCGCCUUCGUGAAGUUUGCCGUGGAGAGCGAUGCAGCGGUGGCCGUCGAGAAACUUAACAAAACGGACUUCCAGGGACGCAAGAUGCUCAUCGACUAUGCUAUGGAGAAGGGAAAGCGUCGUGGACUGCCUGGAAAGGAGAAACCUGCUACUGAUGAACCCAAGCAGGACGAGAAAGAACAGGAGGAUGUACCGAUGGGGCAACCUGCACUGCCAGACGAG